AUGAGGAGAAAGGGAUUGGAGGUGGAUGUUACACUUGCAAAUGGUUUCCGUAGUAAAGGAUGUUUAGAUAGAGGGAAAGCAUUGUUUGAUGAGAUGUUGGAAAAGGGUAUUUCUCAAAAUCUAGUUGCUUAUAGUUGUUUGAUGAAUGGUUUUUGUAAGAAAGGGCUAUGGAGAGAAGCCACUGCUGUGUUACAGACUAUGACCGAUAGGGGGGUUCAGCCUGACGUUCAUGCUUCGGCAAUGAAACUUUCUAGUUCGUUGUUGGAGGAUGGGAAUUACGUUGAACCAGAUGUAAUCACACCUAACACUGUGAUUCAAGGGCUGUGCAAAGGAGUACGCCUUGACGAGGCUGUGGAAAUAUAUGAUACAAUGAUUGAGAGGGGGAGCUUUGGUAACUUGUUCACUGGUCAUAUUUUAAUUGGAGAAUAUAUAAAAGCAGGGAUCAUUGACAAGGCCAUGGAAAUUUGGAAACGUGGGAUAUUCAAUCUGCCAAAGAAGAUGCAUCAACCUUAUACUUAUUCCUCAUUUAUAAACGGGCUGUCAAAACCUGGACAAAUGGAACAGGCAGAAGGUGUUUUUGACAGCAUGAUUGCCUCUGGCAUUACACUGGACAACCAUCUAUAUGAUUCAUUAAUAAAAGGCUUUGGUUCGAAAGACGAGACAGAAGAAGUCAUAAAACUCCUUCGUCAAAUGGCAGAUAUGGGUGAUGUUCUUGGCUUAGAAAUAACCAAUAGCAUCUUGACAUUUCUCUGUAAUAGCUCGGAGCAUCUUGAUGUAAUGAAGCUUUUGCCUAAUUUUUCCCCAGAAAGGUCAGGAGGGACAAGCAUCUCUUGUGACGAGUUACUGAUGAAAAUAAAGAAGUCUAAUCCAGAACUCCAACUAAGUGCUGCCUGA